UGCGCAGGCGCUGUGUAGCAGAUAUUUCAUGUGCUGUACGUCGUGUCCGGUGGAGGUCACAGACAUCCGAGCAAAGUGAGGUUGCUGUCAUGGCCAAGUUAUUUGAGUCCAUUGGGAAGUUGGGGCUUGCCCUCGCCAUCGGUGGAGGUGUCGUGAACUCAGCCCUUUUCAACGUUGAUGCAGGUCACCGGGCUGUGAUCUUUGACAGGUUUCGAGGUGUUCAAGAUGUUGUUGUUGGUGAGGGAACCCACUUCCUCAUCCCCUGGGUUCAGAAACCUGUCAUCUUUGAUUGCCGCUCCCGUCCACGCAAUGUGCCUGUCAUCACAGGCAGCAAAGAUCUGCAGAACGUUAACAUCACGUUGCGUAUCCUCUUCCGGCCGGUGACAAACCAGCUGCCGCGCAUCUUCACCAGUAUUGGUGAGGAUUAUGAUGAGAGGGUGCUGCCAUCUAUCACCACAGAGGUCUUAAAGGCUGUAGUGGCUAGGUUUGAUGCUAGUGAGCUCAUCACUCAGAGAGAGCUUGUGUCCAGGCAGGUCAGUGAGGACCUCACAGAAAGAGCCUCCACCUUCGGCCUAAUCUUGGAUGAUGUUUCACUGACACACUUGACCUUUGGCAAGGAAUUCACAGAGGCUGUUGAGAUGAAGCAAGUGGCCCAGCAAGAGGCAGAGAGAGCCCGUUUCGUUGUAGAAAAGGCAGAGCAACAGAAGCAGGCAGCCAUCAUUUCAGCCGAGGGAGAUUCUCAGGCUGCUUUACUCAUUGCCAACUCUCUGAUGGAGGCUGGUGAUGGUCUGGUAGAGCUCCGUAAGCUGGAAGCCGCUGAAGACAUCGCCUUCCAGCUGUCACGCUCCCGCAAUGUCACUUACCUGCCCUCAGGACAGGGCACAUUGCUUCAGUUGCCCCAGUGAUAGCAUCACACCCCAUGUCUACCACCUCCCCUCACUGUCUCCAGCCAUUACAUAGGCCAUGGACGUGGUGGUUGGAGGAUUCAAUAAAGGAUUCUCCCAACAUCACACACAUUCCUCCCACUAUUUCUCUAACCAAAUCAGGACUGGGCUCUGCUGAUAGCAGUAUGGUGGGAGACAAAGUGAGAGAUCUGUGAUGGUUAAAUUUAUGAAGUCCUUUUACGUAAGGAAGUGAAGGGGUUUAUUGCUCUGUGAUAACCUAAAAUAUAUAUAGUACUCUGUUUUGAGAAUUGUCAGUGCAGUAAAUUCCGUCAAGAUUCAAGUUAUGUCAAAGUGAAAGCACUUGAUGAGUGGAAAGCAACAGUCACUUGUACAUCAAAGAAAACGUGUGCGAUUUCUUUAAACAAUAAAUGUGAAUGGUAAAUGCCAUUCUUCUGUUGUGCUUGGAAA